AUGGAAUGGUCAUUUGGUAUGACGGCCGACAGCUGGUCCACGGGGGUGGCGGCUAACUUGUCCGGGCUUCAGUUGGAGCAUCCUAGAAAGCAGGAAGGCCUCCACGUCACGACUGAAGGCCUGGGCAUCAUCCAGAUCACUGCUUCCGUGAAACUUUGUCCAUGGGUCACCGAGAUCAUCCGAGAGAUGACCGUGGAAUGGAAGGGUCGAACUUACGACGUGCUGUCCAAGAACUGUCACCACUUCUCCGAUGAACUGUGCCGGCGACUGGGUGUGGCUCCACUGCCAGAAUGGGUGAACAAACUUGCAGGGACGACAGCGUCUGCGGCUGGAAUGAUUGAAGGCGUUUCACAAAGCACCGGAAAAGUGGCGUCAGACUUGGCUUGGUUGUUUACCUCCGCUGCGGGCGGCGUUUACAGUGCCACCGCCGAACCUGUUUUGGAAGUUUGGCUGUCGUGCAAUCGCUACAUCAACUGA